UGAAUGGCGCCCUUUGGUUAGCAAGAGGAUAUGUUUACUCCAUCUGCCACCAGGAUGAUUAUCCAGAUUGAUUAUCCAUUGCCACCAAAUUUAAAUUUCUUAAAAGUUUAUUCUAUCAAACUGACAUAUUUAUGAAAAUCAAAUUGACCAAUAAGUGUAGGAGUUGAGAGACAUUAGUGGCAAAGAAAGAUGCAUGUACAGAAGAUUGAAACAGGUCACAAUGACAUAGUUCACGAUGUUUCCAUGGACUAUUAUGGGAAACGUAUGGCCACAUCAUCAUCUGAUAUGACCAUAAAAAUAGUUGGAGUCAGCAACAACUCAGCUUCACAGCAUCUUGCCACUCUGAGUGGCCAUACUGGUCAUGUUUGGCAAGUUGCUUGGACACACCCCAAAUUUGGCUCAAUCCUUGCUUCCUGUUCCUAUGAUGGUAAAGUUGUAAUCUGGAAGGAAGACAAUCAAAAUGAGUGGACACAAGCUCAUGUUUUUGGCGACCAUAAAUCAUCAGUUAACUCUAUUUCAUGGGCUCCUCAUGAACUUGGGCUAUGCUUGGCUUGUGGUUCUUCUGAUGGUAGUAUCUCAGUUCACAUUGCUAGGUCAGAUGGUCUUUGGGACACUACAAAAAUUGACCAAGCCCAUCCAGUUGGGGUAACAACAGUCUCAUGGGCGCCAUCAAUGGCUCCUGGUGCUUUAGUUGGUUCAGCUGUUCUUGAACCUGUUCAGAAGCUUGCAACCUGUUCUUGA